AUGGUAAAUGACGCACAAGUACAGUCGCCGCCAAAUUUGGAUGUGCGUGGCGACGAACGCACAAACGAAAAGUGUGAUGUAAAUAGGAGUGUUAAAGUUUUGGAGUAUAAGGGACUGCUCUGGACAUGUGGUUUGAGGCAAAUAUGUUUAACUGCACUCUGGCUUCCAUUAGGUGCUUUAAUAUUUUGUUAUGUCACAGCGUCUAUGUUUCAAGCAGAUGACAUACAUGAAACGCAUUGUAGGGUCUACAAUGUAGUUCCAUCAAUUAGUGCAAUUACUGGGAUAAGCCCACAGAGAUAUGUUUGGAGGAUAUGCAUCGCUUUCCAUUUAGGACCAAGAUUGUUGAUAGGUUCUUUAUACUACAACUACCACAAGGAGCGCACGGCUCAUAUUACCGAGGAAAAGGAUUCAGCUGCAUUUAGGCAAGCUGUCGGGAAUGAAGUGUGCUCAAGGUGCUUUUGUGUUGUUAAAUUCGCUUGA